UCGGAUGCGGCCAAAAAGAUAGCGGAAUCUCUUGCGGCGCCCCUAUCAGCAAUCAGAGGUCGCAGGUCAGGGGCCCGGGGCCGAACUCUUAUCAAUUAUCAGUGGUCGCAAAGCGGUGCGGCAGAGGCGGCAUCAACAGUGACAGCCACAGUUUCGCUUCAAACGCCGAGCGGCCAAACCAGAAAAGUUUGUAAAGGUCUUAAAAACAUGCAGCGGAUGCGACCAACUACACUGCCACAGAAGCUCAAAUUGUGCUUUUGCCGGGACCUGAACACAGCCAGCAAUAAACUGGUUAACUCCGCAGCUGGAAAUCAGCUGGCGGUAGGAGGAGCUUUAAAGCAACGCAACUUUGCAUUUAAAAAUCGGACGAUUUCGGCGGCACCAUCGCCAUCACCAUUUUUUUUCGCCGCGAUCAGACGAUUUUCGGACUGCAAACAAAACACCUCGAAGAAGACCAUGCCGGACCAAAAGAUGCUGCAGGCCUCGUUGGCGGAGAGCGAUCCCGAGCUGGCCGAUCUUAUCAAGAAGGAGAAGGAGCGCCAACGUGAGGGACUCGAAAUGAUUGCCAGCGAGAACUUCACCUCGGUGGCGGUCCUGGAGAGUCUGAGCUCCUGCCUGACCAACAAGUACUCCGAGGGUUAUCCCGGCAAGCGUUACUAUGGUGGCAACGAGUUCAUCGAUUGCAUCGAACUGUUGGCCCAGAAUCGUGGCCGUGAGCUGUUCAACCUCAGCGAGGACAAGUGGGGCGUCAAUGUCCAGCCUUAUUCCGGUUCCCCGGCCAAUUUGGCUGUCUAUACGGGCGUCUGCCGGCCACAUGACCGCAUCAUGGGUCUGGAUCUACCCGAUGGUGGACAUCUUACCCAUGGCUUCUUUACGCCCACCAAGAAGAUCUCCGCCACAUCGAUCUUCUUCGAGAGCAUGCCGUACAAGGUCAAUCCGGAGACGGGAAUCAUUGAUUACGACAAGCUGGCCGAGGCAGCAAAGAAUUUCCGUCCGCAGAUUAUUAUUGCCGGCAUCUCGUGCUAUUCCCGACUGCUGGACUAUGCCCGUUUCCGUCAGAUUUGUGACGAUGUUGGUGCCUAUCUAAUGGCCGAUAUGGCCCAUGUGGCUGGCAUUGUGGCCGCCGGUUUGAUUCCAUCGCCGUUCGAAUAUGCCGACAUUGUGACCACCACCACGCACAAGACGCUGCGCGGUCCCCGAUCCGGUGUGAUCUUCUUCCGCAAGGGUAUCCGUUCCACCAAGCCCAAUGGCGACAAGGUCAUGUAUGAUCUGGAGGAGCGCAUCAAUCAGGCGGUGUUCCCAUCACUGCAGGGUGGUCCCCACAACAAUGCCGUGGGUGGCAUUGCCACUGCUUUUAAGCAGGCGAAGACACCGGAGUUUAAGGCCUAUCAGACGCAGGUCCUCAAGAAUGCCAAGGUUCUGUGCGAUGGUCUCAUCUCUCGGGGCUAUCAGGUGGCCACCGGCGGCACCGAUGUCCAUCUGGUGCUGGUCGAUGUGCGCAAGGCUGGUCUGACUGGUGCCAAGGCUGAGUACAUCCUGGAGGAGGUGGGCAUUGCCUGCAACAAGAACACGGUGCCCGGUGAUAAGUCUGCGCUGAAUCCCUCGGGCAUUCGUCUUGGCACUCCAGCAUUGACCACACGCGGUCUCGUCGAGAAGGACAUGGAGCAGGUGGUGGCCUUUAUUGAUGCUGCCUUGAAGGUUGGCGCCGAGGCUGCCAAGGUGGCUGGUAGCCCUAAGAUGGCCGAUUUUCACAAGGUGUUCGAUGAGAAUGCCAAGGUGAAGGCGCAGAAGGAUGAGAUCCGUAAAUCUGUGGUGGAGUUCAGCAGGAAGUUCCCGUUGCCAGGACUGUCGACCUUCUAAAUGAAGGUUGUCUCUACAUUUGAUACAUUUUAUCUCUCUUUUUUUAUGUACCGAAUCCCCCCGCAUGAAGGGCAGCCUUUCAUUUCCAUUUUGAUUGAUUGCGGGGGCGAGUUAGUCUAGUACUAGCUAGUAGUUAAGUCAUUAAAACGCAUUUCGAUACCAUUCUAUCAUA